GACGUCAGCGGUCGAACGAAAACAAAGCUGCGCGUGUGGUCGUCGUCGUCUUCGUCGUUGUUUUUGUUUUCGUUACUGAUUCUCGUGAGUUCGGUUUGAGGUGUCACGUGUCUGUUUGGACUUCAGCUGCAGUUUGACGGUAGCGGCUGUGGGACGUCCUGUCCGCCGUCAUGUCUCAGCAGAGAGGAGUCAACAGUCUCCAGUUCAACCAGGACCACAGCUGCUUCUGCUGUGCCAUGGAGACCGGGGUCCGGAUCUACAACGUGGAGCCUCUGAUGGAGAAGGGCCACCUGGACCACGAGCAGGUGGGCAGUGUGUCGCUCUGCUCCAUGCUGCAGCGCUCCAACCUGCUGGCCCUGGUGGGGGGCGGAGCCAGCCCCAAGUUCUCCGAGAUCUCUGUGCUGGUCUGGGACGACGCUCGAGAGUCUCGAGACGCUAAAGACAAACUGGUCCUGGAGUUCACCUUCACCAAGACGGUGCUGGCGGUCCGGCUGAGACACGACAAGAUCGUCAUCGUGACGAAGAACCGGAUCUACGUCUACAGUUUCCCCGAGAACCCCGAGAAGCUGUUUGAGUUCGACACCCGGGAGAACCCCAAAGGUCUGGUGGACUUGUCCCCCAGUCUGGAGAAGCAGCUCCUCCUCUUUCCGGGACAUAAGUGCGGCAGCCUGCAGCUGGUGGACCUGUCCCACUCCAAGCCCUGCACGUCCUCGGCCCCGUUCACCAUCAACGCCCACCAGAGCGAGAUCGCCUGCGUGGCUCUGAACCAGACCGGCAGCGUGGCGGCGUCGGCGUCCCGCAAGGGGACGCUCAUCCGUCUCUUCGACACGUCCAGCAGGGACAAGCUGGUGGAGCUGAGGAGGGGGACGGACCCGGCCACGCUCUACUGCAUCAACUUCAGCCACGACUCGUCUUUCCUCUGCGCGUCCAGCGACAAGGGGACGGUCCACAUCUUCGCCCUGAAGGACACCAAGCUGAACCGCCGCUCCGCGCUGGCCCGGGUGGGGAAGGUGGGCCCGGUCAUUGGACAGUACGUGGACAGUCAGUGGUCUCUGGCGAGCUUCACGGUUCCGGCCGAGUGCGCCUGCAUCUGCGCGUUUGGGAAGAACACGUCCAAGAACGUCAACUCCGUCAUCGCGAUCUGCGUGGACGGAACCUUCCAUAAGUACGUCUUCACGCCGGACGGGAACUGCAACCGGGAGGCCUUCGACGUCUAUCUGGACAUCUGCGACGACGACUUCUGAGGGCGGAGCCACCCAGCAGCCCCACCCCCAGGGGGCGGGGCCUUCCCAGAAGGAAACAGACGGUUUCGGUUCCCCGGGGACUGGAGGACCGGCUCGGUGUGAUCCGGGUUCUCCGGCCCACCUGGAGUCUCCCAGGCCUGGUGUUUAAAUGAGCGUCGUCAUGGUAACGGGCCCCACCCUGAGAGUCCCCCCAGACUGGAACGAACACACACACACACACACACACACACACACACACACACACACACACACACACACACACACACACACACUCUGAAGCGUGAAUAAAAACAU